AUGAGCGUUGUUAUCCACGAAGACGAAGACUGCCGGCAAGCCGGCGGCUCCCCGUCUGUGGCGCCUAAUACCAGUAGUAAUACAGACUUUCCAUUAACGAAAUGGGAUCUCCAGGAGUGUCCGACCCCGGACGUCGGUCCAGGGGGGCAUUUUGAGUGGCGGUUGAAGCGAGCUGCUGAGAGAGCUGAAGCGUGGCACAGGGACGAUAUGGACACACUCCCCUCCCUAAGUCGCACAGAAAUCAUCUACAUCAGAAACAUGCUACUGCGACUUAUCAGGAAAUUGUACCUAAAGGAGGACGCGGACAUAUCAGUCUCACAGCUGAUGGAUUUUGCCGAGUCUACCAGUUUCGACGAGCUCAACGACUACCCCGUGCCAUCGCGAUACUGGCAGUCCAUCCGAGGAAUUAGAGACUACUACCGCUACGACGGUCAAAACCUACCUGAGCCUUACGAUACGGCUUGCCAUUUUGCGUGGCAUAUGGCCCAGGAGGCCAAGGACACGCUUCGUAGAAGAUGGGCAGACGCUUUCCAACUUGCAUACGGCUUCCCCUUUGACGAGGUGGCUUCUAAAGGUAAUCCAUCUGGGGGCUUGCCAGGCGCUCCAGGACUAUUCGACUGA